ACACGCUGCCCGGUGGAUGCAGAUUUCACUGAAGGACCAAUGAAAUGGUCGAAAUUGAGUCAAAUCCAUUACGCCCGAACUCCAGCAUUCACUCAUCACUAAACGGCGACCGAGCUCUGGAAAUUAGCCUAUUGUCUAUAUUUGACAGCUACAACUUCAUAAGUAAUCGAUAGCUAAAAGGCUACAAUAAGCUUAAACAAUGGUGGCAAAACAGAGAAUACGCACGGCCAACGAGAAACACAGCAAAAACAUCACGCUGAGAGGAAAUGUGGCCAAAUCCACGAGAAAUCCAGGUGAUGACAAGGUGGCAGUGGGACCAUGGCUUCUGGCGUUAUUCAUCUUUGUCGUCUGCGGAUCAGCAAUCUUCCAGAUCAUUCAAAGCAUUCGAAUGGGAAUGUAAUAUCAGAAGCCCUACCGUCAUCACCUGUUUCCAGCAUUCCUCUACACAUCAAGUGGUUUCAUGGUCCCUCACAAGAUCAAAGAUGAUCGACUACCAUCUGUCCAUUCCUUUUUUUCCUAUUUCUCUUUUCCCCUUUUUGGCAUUGCCAAACGGGGAAAGCACACCCUUGUCAUCUUUGCCUUACAUAACUGAAGAAAAAAGAUUGGAAAAUGAUUGAAGGAUUUUGUUUCAGGGAACUACAUGGGUAUUUGUACAGUGAUGACUGCUGUAUGUGUUGAUUGAUGUGCCAAAACCAAAUGGUAUGAAUGUCUGAUAUUCUCCUGUGGUAUAAAUUCCAGAACACAAGACCAGCGUGACUUAAUUCUAGAACUAAACUCUUAACUCUUCUUGGUUGUACAUGGACAGUAUCUUAUACCCUUCAUAUUAUAAUGAAUAUUAUGUGACGCCUUUUUCGUAUUUCCAGUCAUUUCUUCAGUCAACGAAACUAAAUGGUCUUUUGAAUCGGAAGAUUUUCGCUACGACAAUGACAUUCACUAUUUCUGCCUAAACAAACCUCUAAAACAAAUUUUAAAAAGG